UCUUUGCAUGGCACGUGCUCAUUUAUAAAGAUGACUCCUGUGCCAUCUUGGAGGGGUUGCUAAAUCCAUUUCCUGGGUGCUGCCUGCUGCUUUUAACCCUCCGCGGCCUCCUACAAGAGCAAAAAAUCAGGGUGGAGCUGAAUAUUUUAGCAGCUGCUGAGAAUUAGACGCUGCUCCCAGUAACCUGCAGCUUCCCUCAUACCCUCUGUUGAGCCCUGUCUCAAGUCCUGGAGAGCCUUCAUUUUCUGCAGCCUUGGGCUGUCUCUAAGUGUACGGGUGUCGUAUCCUCCUUCACGCCGCUCCCUGCUCUCCUCCAGCACAGUAUUCUCGUAAAACAGGGGGAACGGGGCAAAUCAAAGGGGCAUUGGGCUGGGAAGCAGAAGGAAUUUGGGCGGCAGCGCUCUUGACACUGGAGAGGUUGGGCUGAGGCAUUUUGACCCCCAGCAGAGGCUGGCAGUGAGAUAUCUUGGGUGUUCAUUCGCUUUGCUGGAGCGGGAGUUUAGGGUCCUCCCCAGGGAGCAGGUUGGGGACCGGCAGCGUGCUGACGGGGACAUAGCUGCCGGUCCCAGAUGCGCAUGUGCGCAAAAGGGCUGCAGCGUCUGUGUUGCAAGAGAAGAAAGCGCUGCAAGAAACUAUCUUGAGAAGGAAACUGAAAAUGAAAGUUCCUCUUAAGUGAUGGCCACAGUCGCAGCCUGCCGCUUCCUAAGAGUUUGGCAGACGGCAAGGGUGAAGAAUCACGACUCAGCUGCUUCUCGGGCACUGGCCUCCUGCGCCGACCAGCCAUCCUUCACAGGGAGCAGUCAGGUCUGCAGCAGAAGUUCCCCGUUACUCGUGGCCGAGGUCUGGUCAGAGGCAGUGGGUUGAUGUGAAACACAACCGGUUGCACCUAUAGACCAAACUGUAAAAGCUCCCGAGGAAGCUGAACUCUUUGGCUGGAUGCGUCCACAUUGUACCCAGGGUUCAGUACAGCCUUGGGUUGUAGCAGCGUUACGGCAGAAAUUCAUACUGCUUUGGUUACCCACGAGCUCCAGAGAGCUGCGGUAAAGCUGAUACUCCCAAGCAUCUUUCUGCAAUGGCCUCAGGGAACGACGGUGACCCGCCGAGGGCCCAGGGACGCCGGGGAAGCAAUGGGCGCAGGCUGUCGCAAGAGCUCAAUUCAGAAGACCAGGUGGCAGAGGAGACGGAGGAGGUGUUUCGGAGCUAUGCCUUCUACCGCUACCAACAGGAGAGAGAGGAGAGAGGGGAGGAAGUGCCCAUGGACGCAGAGAUUGAGGAGAUCCAGCAGGAGGUGGGCAGCACCGGGAGCCUGGUGGGAAGGCGCCUGGCCAUCAUCGGUGACGACAUUAACGAGCGGUACGACGCGGAGUUUCGCUACAUGCUGAAAUCCUUGCAGCCCACCAAGGAUAACGCCUACGAGUACUUCACCAGGAUAGCCUCCAGCUUGUUCGAGAGCGGCAUUAACUGGGGCCGGGUGAUUGCGCUGCUGGGCUUCGGCUACCACAUGGCCAUGCACGUCUGCCAGCACGGCAUGCCAGGCUUCUUCCGCCGGAUCGCCCACUACGUCGCGGAGUUCGUGCUCCGGAACCGCAUCGCCCAGUGGAUCGCCCAGCAGGGAGGAUGGGUGGCUGCGCUCGAUCUGGACAAUGUUUACAUGAAGUACAUGCUGGUGGUGGUGGCCCUGGUCAUGGUGGGGCAUUUAGUGGUACGACGCUUCUUCAGGCCCUGACUGACGUGGGGGCAGAGGCUGGGGGGGGUCCGGCCAAGCUCUCUCUUGAAUCUCUGCUCUGCAUUGACGUCUCCCAAGAGAGGGGGGAUUCAAGGAACCUCCGAGAGAGAGAGCAGCUUGGACCUGUGACCCUCCCACCACAGGGCCCAAGGUCUCUGCCGUCGAUGCAGGAGCUAUGGAGAGAAGCAAUGGCGGGGGGAAGGUUCAUCUUUGCUGUUUGUUUUAAGCCUCACUUAGCUGCUGAGUGCAGAGCAUCGCCGUGACACUCCAAGCGUGCAGCAGCAGGGCAGAACAGGCUCCUCUGGAGUUGAGAGUCUGGGGGAACAAAUGUGCUGUUGUAAUAACGCGUGCGUGUGUCUGUGUGUGUGUGUGUGCGCAUGGGUCUUGUCCACCCCCUGGGGCAGGUGCGGAGCUCCCCCGGUCGCUGACGGCUCUGGCCCAGGCCAUGGCUGCCUGUUGUUGUCUGUGAGUCACUGGAGGGGCCAGCCAGCCUCAGCCCGCGUGGGGCUUGCUUUCACCUUCCCCCCGUUCCGGAGCACAAGUACUUGAGCCUUCUUGUUCCUUUUAACAAGCCUCCCUACCCCGUUCUAAAGAAACACGCUGACCGCCUGUCCUCUGACGAUCCACAGCAACAUCUGGCAGCGCUGGCAGGCAGGUUUGCCCUGCCGCAGCCUGAGCCUGGAGACCUGCAGCUCUCCCAUGGCCGAGGCAGGUGCUGGGGUGCAGCCUCCCAGCCCCCCGUGAGCUCAAAGGCAGCGUGCCAGCAGACCUAGGAAACACCGGCAGGUUUCCAAACACUAAAAAGCUGUGGGGUGCCUAAUGGUCAGUGUGGGCAGCCUGCCUGCCCUCCCUGCAGCUCCGCUGGGGGUUUCCAUUCAGUAGGCUUGGAUGCUGGCAAACGAGCAGCCCAGUUGUGACCAGUUGGUCUCCGUUGCUCUCAGUGGGAGGUACUGGAGUUGCAUCCCAUCCCUGCUUCAGCUCUGCGCCUUCCGAGCCCAGCCGGGCAGGAUGGUGCAGGCAUGCCCUGGUUAAGCCCAGGGGUGCAGUGUUUUGUAGCUGCCCGGACAGCAGAGCCCAAUCUGUUCUGGGCACGGUGUCUUUGGGAAGUGACUUAACCUCGUUCCGGUCCUCACUAAUGCUUGGGCGUGACUUUUGGGGGAGGGAGGGAAGCAGGCUCCGCUCUCCCAUCCCAAAUCUUUCAGACUUUUGCGAAAUAGGGGGAGAGUCCCAGUGUGGACUGCGUGGUUUAGCUGUGUUCUUUUUACCCCAGGUGACUCUGUAAGGCUUGAAACUGUGACUGGCCCUGUCUGAGCCAACCUCACCCUAUUCCAGCAUCACCCAUGUCCUAGAGCAGGUCAGCCAGCUGGAGGAGGGAGCCAGAGGGACCUCGGAGGUGGGAAGUGAGCAGUGGUCCUGUGUCUGGGCUCCUCUCCUAACGCACACAGAGCCCUUCUGGGCUGGAGCCCGGGACAACGGGAGUCGCAGUAUCGUAGCCCUAAGGGGGCUGAGCCCUCCUGCCCUCUGGGGUCUGGCCACGAUGGCUGGAGCAAGGAACUUGCCUGCUAAAAAGCAAAACGGGCUGGGUGACCGCAGCCAAUAGCGCUCUGACUCACCCCAGCGGCACGGGGAUCGCCAAACCGGGGCAGAGCGCGGCUCGCCUGCAGCCCUGCCCAGUGUCACCUUCUGCAGCGACCACCGUGAGAGCCCGGGGGGGGCAGAGAGAUCUGGCGAGCAGCUCGCCUGCCCCGCUGUAACAAAGGCGUUCCUGACGCACAGCUCGCUGACCUGUUCUUAAACCCCUCCAGUAUUGCCACCCCAUAUCACUGAUUCCUACCCGAAUCCUUACCUUCAGACAGAGGUUUUUGCCUCGAUGCUAUCCCUUGCUGCAGUUCAAGCUUGUUACUACAGGUCCUGUCCAAGCACAGACACAGGAUACCUUAUAUCCUUUCUCCUUGCGGCUGCAGAGGCUUAGCAGGACCAGCCAUCAUUUUAUAACACUUACGUCCCUCAUGUUCCCGCUUCUUUUAACAGAAGAAACGCCAACUUUUCAGCCUAUUUCCAUAUCAGGGUCUUUCUGUGCUUCUCAUUUUGACCCUGACCAUUUCUGCAGUAUCCCUUUCCCUGGUGGAGUGCCCCGGACUGUGCUUAAUAGAAAUGCAUUAAAAUAUUUGCUAUAAUAUUCCUCUUCUAUAUAUCUCUGUUUUGGUUGCUUUAUUUAUCUGUGCUGAGCAGCACAAAUCUCCAGCGGAUUGCCCACGCUCGGGUUUUGCAGCCGUGCUGACUCGCGUUGAGCAGCUGAACGCCCACCUAGCUCGUUCGUCCCCCUGCAUUUCUUUGCAUUCAUCCACACACAACGUCAUUUACCAUCCUGCCACCUGUUCACCGGUCUUGAGCAGAUCUUGCGCUUUCCUCGAGAUCUCGGGACUCUUCUCUGGUGUGAACCAGUCUGACUUAAUAUCAUCUGCAGUUUCCCUUCUCCACACCUUACCUUCUUUUCUGGGUGAAAACACCACCAGAUGGAGCCUUUUUGCCACGAUGAAAAUGAACUACUAAUUGUUAUUUUCCUCUUCUCUUAAUCAGCCACAUUAUUGACAUGCCACUGUCCUCUAGGCUAGUCUGGUUUGGUCGUGUGUCUAGCAGGACUUUUUCGGAGGACCUUGGAAAGAAAACAGUACAUCAGCUUUUAUUCACUACUUCACUGACACACUCCAAGAACUCUAACAGUUUGGAGAGAACUUUUGCUUAUACAAAAAGCCAUGCUGCUAGUAAUUUAUUCUCAUCUUCCAGAUAAGGUGUUUCACCUUGCAAAGGAAAUUCAGCUGUAAGGCCAGCAGAAUUUCAAUGAAGAACGUUUUUCAGCUUUAUGGUAGACGAUCAAGCCGUGGUAAAGUCUGUGAUACCGGGACAGAGAAGGGAACUUUUAAAAUAGGUGCUGUAGCAUAGGAAAGUUUCCGUUUUAUCCGUUUUCUCAGGGGAUUUGCGGGAAGGAUUGUCUCAGGAUAUCAGCGUACGGUCUCACUCUGCUCCCACCUCUCCUAGCCUUCCUGACACUGGUUACCGAGUGGAAAAAAAGCUUGAACUGGGACUGUGAAUGGGCAACUGGUCCAUAGUACUGUGUCCUGUCACUGGAUGGCAACAGCAUCGCAGGCACGGCCACCUGGGUGCUGGCUCCGAGGGCUCCCAGGGAGGGGGAAACCCCCUUCCAGGUCCCCUCUUUGUGCAGGAGCCCUCGCCGUGCUUUGCACACCCAGAGCCAUGCUCUGACCCACAGCGAAGGCAAGCGUCGCUGGCUCGCAUCGCGCUGCUGUUGGGGAAAGCGCGGAGCGAUUUGGGGGGCAGGAGCGGGCUACGGCAGGGGUGGGUUUGCUGGGAUCAAAGCAGACCAAGGCGAGCAGCUGAUGCUCUUUGUAGGGUUGGUGACCCUCUCUAGAGAGCCGCAGCGGGUAUCUACCUCGAAGCCCCACUCGGCAGAGUUUGGGCAGGGGGCCUGGACAAGGUGCCACAGGCCACCGCGACUAUGCAGAAGGGUUUUGCUCUGGGACUGGCAGUGCCAGGAGCCGUUUUUACAGAAAAACUAAUCUCUGCUAUAGAAGCAACAGCUCCAGAUUAAACUACAUUCUUAGAAUACCCCAAACUUCCCUCACAGGGCUGAAUCAGCCAGUUUUAUCCUGCAGGGACAGAGCCCUGAUCAACUGCAAUAUUUUUAAUCAGUGUAAACUUUGAUUAACCCCCCAGCCCAGUCCCGUGUUGUACCUUGUACGAAAGCAAGCCCACCCAUGCCCGGAGUAGCAGGCUCUCCCUGCUGCCCCCUUCCCAGCCGCUGUGGUGCUCCGGGGGAUGACUGCACCCAGGGCUUUGGCUUCUUGUCCUGGGAGCCAGGGAAACAGGGGUGGGAAGCCCUCAAGUGGAAAAUGAAGGCAGAAGAUGAGGAGAAGGCUCUGCCAUGGCUGUUCACAAGGAGAGGAUUGUUCACUGAAUCAUUUGGGCUGGAAGGAAAGUCUUACCCCCCCCCCCCCCAAGUUCUAAAUCGUUGCAGGGUUUGGUGGAGAACUGCUGAGCAAGCGUGCCAUUUCUCUAGCGCCAGAGACCCGUUUCCCUUCUCCACCCAGCCCCAGGAUCAGGUGGGAUGGCUUCAGCAUCGCAGCGCCCAGUGAAGGCUGAGCUGCACCCCAGAAGUAGCAAAGAGGGGUGCAGGCUGUCCAGGCAGCAGUGCCAGUCCCCAGGGCUGGAGGAACCGUACGUGGACGCAAGUCAGGGCAGCCGAUCGCAGCCUCGCUGGGGGCCCCGAGCUCUGCUCCGUGGUGCCUUCUGCCUCUCUCUGCCGGCUCCCUACGUACCAGGGGUGCGGGAAGGAAAAGGUGCGUUUGGUGAGGAUUUCUUUGCGCAAGAGGCUACCCCAGGAGAGGUGUUAAUGGAACAUAGCACAGGGAGUUGUCAGACACAAAACUUUCGGUUCAAGCAGAACCAUCUGUGUUCGGGAGGGUGGGCAGAAGGUUUCAUUCAGAAGGUUUUAGUGGGUGCAUAGCAAAGGGGUGAGAGACUGAAGGAUCUCGUUUACUGAGCCGAUCUGAGAGCAUUUUUUACUCCCACCCUCUCCCGGCUCUUUCCUUCUGGAUGGAGGAAUCUGCCCAAGCCAUUAUUUUGCUUCUCAGAACCACCUCUCAUUCCUCACACCACAAGCCAAACCCCGAGCCGUCCCUGCCACGCACUGGGUGCCGCAGGGUUCAGACUGGCAGGAGAGACCAUCCUCUUCGUGGCCAGGACUGGUGACAGCCUUCCGUGAAGCUCUGUGUGAUGGGUUUUACACAUAUACUUGAAAUCACACUGUAUUAAUUCUGGUUCUUCCUUGCCUUUUUCCCAGUAUCAAAGCGCACGGCGUUUCCCACAGCUCCUUCCCCAGCCCCUUUUCCCACCCCUCCAGGAAGCCCCGGGUCUCUCCCAGUACUGCAGGACGGGGUAUAUGAUGGAGCAAUACAACGUGCUUUGCACUGACUCUGGGGGGGGGCCACUGGUAAACACCUUUCUUUUCCAGGGGGAGGAGGAGAGGAAGACCACACGUUGUCCCAGUAGCAGUAGGGAGACGGGGAACGAGCUCAGCCUUUCCACAGUGCAGGUUAUCUUUAAAUGGCAGGAAAAGGGGUUGUGUGCAACAUGGUGGGUUGCUUUUACCUGAAAAAACUGUUUCUUUCACAAAUACUCUGUUUUAAAAUGAUGUAAUAUAUAUAUAUAUGUAUGCGUGUGUGUGAAAAUAAAAAUGGUACAUGCAGUGCAAGCUCUUC